AUGACCCGUUCCCAGUCUUCCAUAUCCUCUUACUUCCAAGCCCCAGCCUCAUCUCCAAGUAAAUCCCAGAAACGUUUCAACUCACCUAUUGACCUCACACUUGACGACGACGAACCCGUACCAAAGAAGCGGCCUCGUCUUUCUGAAAGCGCUUCUAGUUCACCUGUCAAAAUAAUCCCAAAACCCGCAUCUUCGAAGAGCGGUACAACUGUGGCACAGGACUGGCGUUUCUCUCUUGAGAGGGUGAAGGAUGACACUCGACCUUCAAAACAACGGACUGGGCCUGAACAGGAGCGUCACGAAGCGUUUGAACGGAAGCUGCUUCAAGAUAAUAGCCGGUUCUUUCCACGAUUCUCCAAAGGCAACGAGUUCGACGAGGUAGAUAGGAUGGGUGCCGACGAGCCUGAAGGCAGUGGACAGGACUCUGACGGUGAUAGCGACUCUAGAUUUAAGAAGCUCAGCGAAUUGUUCGCGAACAAGGACAAAGGAAAGGCCAAAGCGACUAUCAAAAACGGACCACAAAGUAAACGGACCAGAAAGGCUGCUCGAGAGGAAAUGGGCCCUAGUGGCAAACCAUAUACGCCAUUGGAAAAGCAGGUUUUAAAAUUGAAGGAAGACAAUCCUGGGACGGUAUUAAUGAUCGAGGUUGGCUACAAAUACAAGUUCUUCGGAAAGGACGCAGAGGUCGCCCGAAAAGAAUUGGGCAUGGUCGCAUAUGUGGAUCGAAAUUUCCUGGUGGCAGGAAUCCCCGACCAUCGUCGCGACGUGCAUCUGAAGAAAUUGUUGUCGUGCGGAUAUCGAGUUGGAAUAGUCAGUCAAACUGAGACUGCUGCCUUGAAGAAGGUCGGUGACAAUCGAAACGCGCCAUUCACCCGCGAAGUUACGCGCCUUUACACUGCCGCGACCUAUGUCGAUGAGAUGGAUUCAGUCGAUGAUAUGGAGAAAUAUACAAGCGCUCCAUUUAUGUGUUUGGUAGAAGAAAAGAAGAACGGCAAAUCAUCCGAUGUUUCCUUUGGAAUGAUUAUCAUUUGUCCCAGCACUGGGGAUAUCGUUUGGGACGACUUUGAAGACAGUGUCAUGCGCUUAGAACUUGAGACACGUUUGGUGCACAACCGACCAUCUGAACUGCUAGUUCCCAGGAAGCAUUUGACCGAUGCUACAAAUAAAAUGUUGUCACACUUUACGGGGAUCUCUACGACAGGGAGUCGAAUUCGGACAGAUGAAUUCGACGAAGUUAUGGACUAUACCGAUGCCUUCGAGAAAGUUUCGCAAUUUUAUACAGAUGAACGUAAAUCUGCGACUGCUUCAGAAAGCUUUAAGUCUGGGAAACUAAUGGCAUCCGUCGUCGACUUCCCGAAGAGAGUAGUUGUUGCCCUAGCACAUGCAAUCGAACACCUGUCCGCUUUUGGUAUCGCCAAUGCCUUUUUGGAAACCAAAUUCUUCACCAAAUUCUCCACACGGGCCCAUAUGCUCCUAGCCGCCAAUACUCUAAUAAACCUGGAAAUAUACCGAAAUGAAACCGAUGGCACUACGCGAGGCUCUUUGAUGUGGGUAUUAGACCGAACAAAAACCAAGUUUGGAGCGAGGCUUCUCCGUAGCUGGGUGGGCCGGCCGUUGGUCGACAAAGUAAUAUUGCAAGCGCGUGUCGACGCAGUGGAGGAAAUUCUUGAAAGUACUUCGGAGACGUUGCUAACACUACGAGGCCUCUUGAAACGCCUGCCGGACUUGGCGAAGGGUUUGUGUCGGAUUCAAUACGGUCAAUGCACUCCGAAGGAGCUAUCUGUUCUUCUUCUAGCGUUCAAGAAAAUCGCAGAUGCCUAUGAUGACUUUGACUCACCCGCAAGCGUUGGCCUUAAGUCAGGCAUCCUCAACGAAAUCAUCAGCUCUUUGCCUAAAUUGAAGGAGCCUGUUAGAAAGCUUCUUGAAAUAGUGAACCUCAAGAAGGCGGCUGAUGGCAAGAGAGAUGAGAUGUGGAAUGAUCGCGAGAGAUAUCCAGAUAUAGUCGACGCGGACAUGUCCUUGCAAUGCAUUGAUCAUGAAUUGGCGGACGAAUUGAAAGCUAUACGGAAAACGUUGAGAAUGCCGUCCCUCAACUGGAUCACCUUUGCUACUGAUGAAUAUCUAGUGGAGGUCGUACGAAAUGAGAACCGCCCAAUUCCCGAUAAUUGGAUUUUGCAUUCCAAGACGAAGAAACUUGCCCGAUAUCAGCCUCCCUCGGUACAUAACAAGGUGCAAGAACGGAAUCAAAGACGAGAAACGCUGGAUGCUGCUUCAAAUCAAGCGUACCAUUCUUUCUUGAAAGAAAUUUCUCAGGACUACUAUGCAAUGCUGCGAGAUGCUGUCAACAAGAUCGCGGUCGCUGACUGCUUGAUUAGUCUCGCCCAAGUCGCACUUCAGUUAAAUUACGUUCGCCCAGAAUUUACCGACGACAACAGCCUCGAGAUCGUUGAUGGCCGGCAUCCGAUGAUUGAAAUUUACAGUGAUACACCGCAUGUCCCUAAUUCCAUUAAGAUGGGAGACGGUGCUGCUCGCAGUAAGAUCGUUACUGGACCGAAUAUGGGCGGGAAGAGUUCAUGCGUCAGAAUGAUUGCGCUAAUUGCCCUCAUGGCACAAAUCGGAAGCUACGUUCCAGCUGCUUCUGUCAAAAUGGGUCUGUUGGAUUCGAUAUUGACGAGAAUGGGAGCCUCUGAUGACCUGGCAAGAGGCCGUUCCACUUUUAUGGUGGAAAUGUCAGAAACCAGCGAAAUCCUUCAGAUGGCAACUAAUCGAAGCCUUGUAAUUUUGGACGAACUUGGUCGUGGAACGUCAACCUUCGAUGGGAUGGCCAUUGCCGAUGCAACUCUGCAAUAUUUGGUGGAUAAAACUAAGUGCAAAACCCUUUUUAUAACGCACUACCCUCUUGUGGCGACGAAGCUGGCUAAGAGGUUUCCGGCCGACGUCGAAAACAUUCACAUGGGCUACGAUUCCGAAACACGCAUCGACGGCACUCGCAACAUCACGUUCUUAUACCGUCUGAGUCCUGGUUUAGCGACAGAGUCGUUCGGCAUUGAAUGUGGCCGUCUGGCUAAAGUCCCUGAAGAUAUCCUUUCUGUCGCGACUGAACGAUCGGCGCAAAUGCAAGAGGAAGUUCAAGAGCGGAUCAGGUGUAACAGGCGCGUAGAUUUGUCUGAACCAACCAGCGAUCACGAAGGACUCACACUUCUAAUUGAUGUAGAGUACGGAGGGCACCACAUGCAAUUCAGGACUGUCUGA